AUGGCCCCAUCCCCGCUCACCGCAAGCCCCCACCUCCAGGCCCACCUCAAAGCCCUACACUCUCAAUCCUCGGUCCAAGAAUCAGGUUUGGACUGGGCCAGCCUCCCCAAGCAAUGUACCGAUGCAUUCGACGAUAUCAUGCGCGACAAGUUCAUCGCCCUGGACCAGGAUAAGUGCGAAUUGAUCUAUCAUGUCCUGCGCAGCAUCAAUGCCAAGACAGUCGUCGAAGCUGGAACUAGCUUCGGCGUGAGCACCAUCUAUCUUGCUCUCGCCGUUGCUCAGAAUGUAGCCCGUGAUUCCCAGGCUCAGCAGGGAAGAGUGAUUGCCACGGAGAAAGAGCCGUCAAAGGCAAGCGUUGCGCGAGAGAACUGGGAACGCGCUGGAGAUGAGAUUCAGGGCGUGAUUGAUUUGAGGGUUGGUGAUUUGCGAGAGACUUUGGAGAAGGACUUGGGAACUGUCGACUUUCUUCUCUUGGAUAGUGAAUAUAUCUCUCACCCUUUUGAUGGACCAUUGUUGACUCUUUCUUCAGUUUGGACACCCCUGGCUCUCCCUGCUGUCAAGCUUGUCAAGCCAUAUCUCAGACCCGGUGCCGUGAUCAUGGCUGAUAACACGCUCAUGGCGAAUGUUGGUUAUGAAGAGCUUUUGGCCUACUUGGAUGCGCCGGAUAGUGGGUUCCGUCGAGUAACGCUGCCCUAUACCGGUGGCCUCGAUAUGAUUAUAUACCAAUAG